AUGCCUUGCGCCCUUAUUUUGGAUGAUUGCGCUGGACCAGUUCAGCUCCUCAAGUUUUCCCCCACCUUAGAGUCCAAUUCUAGAUUAUCUGGUGUAACACCAUCAUUACAAGCCCAUUUUGGAGCUCCACAGGCAGUUGCCAGCUUCAAAAGCAGUAAAGGUAGCUCUCUGAGCUCAGAUGGCUCCUUCGACUUGCCCUGGGGGACUAGUGUUGAACUUCACGAUUCAGACAAUGGAUCCCCUAAUAGCCAAAGACCAAGUAUUUCAACAAAAGUGGGUUUUCUCACUGAGCAGUUGCCUGCCAUUACUAUAGCUGACCUCUACAAGGAUCCCAGAAUUGCUGCCACCUUCCCCAUGGUUAAGGAUUUGCCGUUUUCAAAUAAUAGCCAUUUAAAGCACAGGUCCUCCUUUGUGUCCGUGAUGGAGGAACUCUGGUCAGAGGGGGGCCAAGAGGAAAUGCAAUAUUGCUCCGUCACCCUACCUAGCCAGAAACCAAAGCCUUUUCUAGACAAUAAUGGAAAGAAAGUGUCCAUCAGGAACAGAUUUAGGCGUAUUAGUGACUGGACUGGAAGUUUGACCAGGAAAAAAAGGAAGUUUCAGAAAUCCUUAUGAAAGACCUGACCAAUGUCUAGAAAUGAAAAUAUCUAAGUAACUUGAGGCUGGACUUAAGCCGUACUACCAACUAGCAGACACAUUUUCUUAUAUAUCACCACUCACAUUUUGUUUUUCUUUUUUUUCAUAAAUUCUAGUUUGUUUGUUUUUGUCAUUUUUAGCCACAUGCCUUAUAGUCAGUGCAAGCAUGACUGAUGAGUGCAAGCAUCAGUCCAUUGGGUUAUUGACUGUUGUUACUUAUGCCAGGUGCCACUGCGGGCACUAUUGCUUUGCCCAGGAGCACAUGUAGGGCAUAAUAUUGAAAUCUACAUCAUGCCAGCUCAAUGAGACAAGGAAACCAUGGGGCUCUACCAAAAGAAUAUCAGGAUACAUUGGAGCUGAAAAAUGCAAAAACUUUUAGUGCUCUGAAGAUGGCAGGAUGUUGUGUUCCUCGCAAAUGCAAUGUUUGGCAUUUGGUGGGUACCAAAAGAAAGCAAGGGAUAAAUUCUGUGGUGUUGAUUAAUUAAAGAUUGUAAUGGCGGAAA